UGUUAAGGAUUUAUUUAUUUAUUGUAAAAGUGAAAUAUAAGUUUGAAGUGAUCAGUUAUCAGUCUCUGUAUCUCAGCAGGUGUUGAUGCUGUAAAUAUCCCAGAGUGCUUCCUCUCUCUGAAAUCUUUAAUGUCUCCUGUAUAAUGUGGGACUAUUUUUGCCUCUGGCAGGUGUGUGUGCGCACAUCUUCACUGAAGAGUCUCUAUAUGGAGGAGGAGUCCUUUUCAGUGCUGACGUUCUUUUGAUAUAUAUGGUGAAAAUCAGAAAUGCCUCCUCUGAUUUGUCCCUGAUUGUGUUUGAUGAUUUCCUCUGUUAAGUCUAAUAAGGUAACAGUGAGUGUCAUUGGCAGCUGUGAGUCUCUCUCUCUCUUUAGGGGGCUGACAGGAGCCAGUUUCUUCAGUGUGUUUGAAGGAGCAGAUGAGAAACUUGUGCUGCUUUUUCAGCCGAUGAAAAUAGUUAGUUGAGCAGGAGAUGAUGGAGAACUGUCGGAUGCUCAUAUUUCUGUGCUAUAUUUCAAAACUCACUUCUGACAGUGUGAAUGUGAGGUUGGUUGGUGGUCACAGUCGCUGUGCUGGCCGAGUGGAGGUUCUUCACAGCGGUCAGUGGGGAACAGUGUGUGAUGAUGGCUGGGAUUUGGUUGAUGCUGCAGUGGUGUGUAGAGAGCUGGACUGUGGAGAACCUAUAGAUGCUCUGGGUGCUGCUCAUUUUGGUCAGGGAUCAGGGCCAGUCUGGUUGGGUGUUGUCUUAUGUUUUGGAUCAGAGUCAACACUGGUCAAUUGUAGAUCACCAGGAUGGGGUAAACAUGAGUGUGAUCAUAGUAAAGACGCUGGAGUCAUUUGUUCAGAAGUCCGGCUGGUUGGAGGUUCUCCCUGCUCUGGGAGGUUAGAGAUCCUUCAUAAUCAGACGUGGAUGUCAGUGUGUGACGCUGUCUUUGACCAGCAGGAUGCAGAGGUUGUGUGUAGAGAGCUGGACUGUGGGGCUCCUGUACAGGUGCUGGGAGCAGCUGCUUUUGACAAAGGAGACACUCAGAUGUGGACACAAGAGAUUCAGUGCAGUGGAAAUGAGUCUCAGAUUCACCUCUGUCCAACAUCACCAUCACAUGAAAACAACUGUUCACAUGACAAAGAUGUUGGACUGAUGUGUGCAGACAAUGUGAAUGUGAGGUUGGUUGGUGGUCACAGUCGUUGUGCUGGUAGAGUGGAGGUUCUUCAUAGAGGUCAGUGGGGAAAAGUGUGUAGUUUUGGUUGGGAUAUGGCUGAUGCUGCAGUGGUGUGUAGAGAGCUGGACUGUGGAGAACCUGUAGAUGCUCUGGGUGAUGAUCAUUUUGGACCAGGAUUGGAAACAAUUUGUAUGAGUAUUGCCAUGUGUACUGGAUCAGAAUCUACACUAAAGAAAUGUGGGUCACUUGGACAGGUUGGACAAGGUUGUGAUCCUUAUGGAGAUGCUGGAGUCAUCUGCUGAGAAGUCCGGCUGGUUGGAGGUUCUCGCUGCUCUGGGAGGUUAGAGAUCCUUCAUAAUCAGACGUGGAUGUCAGUGUGUGACGCUGUCUUUGACCAGCAGGAUGCAGAGGUUGUGUGUAGAGAGCUGGACUGUGGGGCUCCUGUACAGGUGCUGGGAGCAGCUGCUUUUGACAAAGGAGACGCUCAGAUGUGGACACAAGAGAUUCAGUGCAGAGGACAUGAAUCUCAGAUUCACCUCUGUCCAACAUCACCAUCACAUCAAAACAACUGUUCACAUGAAUACAUCGUUGGACUAGUGU